CAGCAACUAAUACGUAUAUAUUUCACGAUAAUGUCGCAAAUAAAUAAACUGAGCUCUUGUUCUUUCGUCCACAAAAAAAGUGUAUUUUUCUCGAUCGUCGUGUUUACGUGGUGCCCCUCUCUCGCCGUACACGUUGCGAAGUGACCGGAUGCGGCUGGUUGCCAACCUUCUUCCGCCAUAUUCUUUGUUUGGGUUGGGAAACAGUUUACGUUUUCCCUUAAAUUUAUCAACUAAUUGCCAGGAAACGACCCAAAAACGGCCUCUCAGAUGAAGAUGAAACUGGUAGACCAAGUAGUUAGGAGUUUUCGCGUAGCGAAAGUGUUCCGUGAAAAUACGGACAAAAUUAACAGUAUUGACUUUUCCCCGAGCGGCGAGACGCUAAUAUCAUGCAGUGAAGACGACCAGAUCGUAAUCUACGAUUGCGAGAAGGGCACACAAGUCAGGACUGUGAACAGUAAAAAAUAUGGUGUUGACCUCAUACAUUUCACACACGCAAAAAACACAGCCAUACAUAGUUCAACCAAAGUGGAUGACACCAUCCGAUACCUAUCCCUACACGAUAACAAGUACAUCCGUUACUUCCCGGGACACACGAAAAAAGUCGUGUCCUUGUGUCUGUCGCCAGUUGAAGACACGUUCCUAUCAGGUUCCUUGGACAAAACGUUGAGACUGUGGGACCUAAGGUCCCCGAACUGUCAGGGGUUGAUGCAUCUGUCUGGGAGACCCGUGGCGGCGUACGACCCCGAGGGGCUCAUCUUCGCGGCGGGGGUCAACUCGGAGAGCAUCAAAUUGUACGACUUGCGCUCAUUCGAUAAGGGUCCCUUUGUCACCUUCAAGCUGACCCAGGAGAAGGAAUGCGACUGGACAGGGUUGAAGUUUUCGCGCGAUGGUAAAACUAUCCUCAUAAGUACAAAUGGUUCAAUAAUUAGAUUAAUUGACGCUUUCCACGGUACCCCAUUGCAAACCUUCACGGGCCACCUCAACAACAAGGGUAUCCCCAUCGAGGCGUCUUUCAGCCCCGAUUCGCAGUUCAUUUUCAGCGGGUCGACCGACGGUCGCGUCCACGUGUGGAACGCCGACACGGGUUACAAAGUUUGCGUUUUGAAUGCCGAUCACCCGGGCCCGGUUCAGUGCGUCCAGUUUAAUCCCAAGUACAUGAUGCUGGCGUCGGCCUGCACAAACAUGGCAUUUUGGCUUCCGAGUCUCGAGGAUACGUAAACAGUCAUUUUGCGUUCGUCAAACCCUCAGUGAAACUGAAAAAGUUUAAGACCGUCCAUUGUGCGAAUGCGGGGAUCAUUGCAUUUUAGCUCCCUUCCAGUUUUAGUGUGAUUUUUCGACAAUUCGGAACUAAGAUGUAAUGUAGUGUAAGUCUUAAAUUUUUGCAGUAGGACCUAAAACGAAUUUUUUAAAACAUUGAAUUUGUGUACCUGUGUGUUCUUUUGGGGCGAAUCAAGUACGUUUGUAAAUAAUUUGUUCCCUCUAUAGGUUUUUAUGUAUCGUUUAUAAAUUUAUAUAAAUUAUUUUUAUAAUAAAACUCUGCAUUUUUUUCAACAAGGGCUUGUCAAGUCGGUUUUAAAGAAUUGGUGGUAAAUGUGAUAAUAAUUGUAGAAAUUAACAUUAAAUCGUGUUUUUAAUCAUAGUCGUUUCAAUUCAUGUAAUAAGGGUCUUGUUUCUAAUACAUUUCAAGCUAUCAGUAUUUGUUUUUGUGAUAGACUAGGCUCUUUUUUAAUAAUAAUACAUUUCCAGACUGAUGUGCACACAUAGAUUUUAUUUUAUAUUAAUGAAUGAAAACUGUGUUCUUACACCUCUCUAAUUAUUAAAACCUAACAAUCAAA